AUGACGCCCGCCGUCUACCUCGCCCUCGCCCUCCUCGCCCUCCUACCCCAGGCCGCUGGCCAGCCGCUGGCCAGCCCCGGCGGCGGCGGCAACAGCCCUGCAGAGGCGAGCCGGCCCACGGUGACGCUCGAGGCAGGCCGCGUCGCCGGCACCGCGUCGCCCGCCGCCGUCAACCGCUUUCUCGGCGUGCCCUUUGCCGCGCCCCCCGUCCGCUUCGACCCGCCCCGGCCCGCACCGCAGUGGCAGGGCAUCUACGACGCCUCGCGGCCCAAGCCCGCCUGCGUCCAAAAGUUUAACUACCCGGAUGAUGUCCGCAACCGCGCCAUCCGGUGGUUCAGCACCCCGGGCCCCCCCGCCGGCGAGAGCGAGGACUGCCUGUACCUCGACGUCUUCGUGCCCGCCGGCGCCGCCGAGGGCUCCAAGGCCGUCAUGUUUUGGCUCUUUGGCGGCGCCUUCUCCUUUGGUACGGGCUCGCUGCCUUUGUAUGACGGUGCGAGCUUUGCCGAGAACCAGGACGUCAUCGUCGUUUCGCCAAACUACCGCACAAACGUCUUUGGCUUCCCCGGCUCGCCCGAGAAGCCCCAGUCCGAGCAGAACCUCGGAUUCCUCGACCAGCGCAUGGCCCUAGAAUGGGUGCAGCGCAACAUCCGCGCCUUUGGAGGUGACCCCAAGCGCGUGACACUCUUUGGCGAGAGCGCUGGCGCCGGUAGCGUCGACGUGCUCGUCACCAACCCGCCCGAGCCCGUACCCUUUGCCGGCGCCAUCAUGCAGUCAGGCCAGGGCUCCAUCGCCACGCCCAACCGCAAAUCGGCCGACUCGUGGCAGAAGCUGGUCAAGGCCGCCGGCUGCGACAUCCCCGGCGGCGCCCUCGCCUGCGUCCGCGCCCUGCCCGCCUCUCGCCUCAAGGACAUUGUCGAGCGCCAGGCCCUGACCUUUGCUCCCAUCUACGACGGCGGCGCCACCUACAGGGGCUCCGGCCGCCAGGACCGCCGCCGCUCCACCCCGGCCGCCCCCGGCCGCAUCGCCCGCGUGCCCAUCCUCAUCGGCAGCAACGCCGACGAGGGCGGCGUCUUUGUCUACGGCCAGACCGACAUCCAGGGCUUCCUCGCCAAGCUGCUGCCCGCGAACUCGACAAAGCUCAUCAGCACCCUGCUCGGCACCUACCGGCCCGACGGCGGCCUCGGCCCCGUCAACAGGCAGCUCGCCGCCAUCCUCGGCGACUUCAACUUUGGCUGCCCCGCAAAAGUCGUCGCCGAGGAGAGCGCCGCCGUCGGCAUCCCCUCGUGGCGCUAUUACUUUAACGCAACCUUCUCCAACACGCAAAUAUUCCCCGGAAGCGGAGCAUACCACUCUGCCGAGAUUUCGCUCGUCCACGGCACCUACCCGCGCGCCGGCGCAACCCCCUACCAGGCCGAGGUCAGCAGGGCCAUGCAAAAGGCCUGGGCCGACUUCGCCAGGGACCCGGCCCGCGGUCCCGGCUGGCGGUCCGCCCUGGAGGUCGCCGUCUUCGGCGCCGGCGUCCGCCCCGGCGGCGACGACGGCACCGGCCAGCCCGCCAUGGCCCUCGAGAACCCCGCCCGCAUCGACCGCAUGUGCUUCCUCUACAAGAGCAUCUACGACGCAGCCACCUUGACGUGA